AUGUCUGCCUCACUGCUCUACCUCCUCGUGCCGGUUGGUGUCGGUGCCAGCCUGUACGUAAUUCGUAAGCUACGUGAAUGGAAAUGGGGCUGGGUAAGGAACAAUGCACCACUACGUGGCAAAGUGUUUAUCAUUACCGGUGCCAACACAGGCCUGGGGUACGAAACUGCCCUAGCCCUUGCCACUCGCCAGGCAACGGUCAUUAUGGCUUGCCGUAGUAUGGACCGGGCCGGAGAAGCAAUCCGACGCAUCCGGCAAAGCACACAGGAGGGCGAGUUGAUCCCGAUCGAGCUGGAUCUAGCAUCGUUUGCUUCGAUUCGUGAUUUCAGCGAAGCGAUCAAAAGCCGUUACCCAUCGUUCGACUGUCUCAUCAACAAUGCGGGCCUGGCGAUGCAGGAACCAACCUACACGAAGGAAAACUACGAGAUACACUUUGGCGUUAACCAUCUCGGACAUUUUCUGUUGGUGGAUCUGCUCAAGGACAAUAUCCGUGCGAAUGCGGCACGGAUCGUGAUCGUAUCGUCGAAGAUGCACGAGCGGGCAAAGAUCGAUUUCGAUAAUCUGGGCAAAUGGGUUGAGCGUGGUAGGGGCGAUCGGUUUAACAAUUUGUACAACAACUCGAAGCUGAUGAACUUCUACUUUGCCCGAGAGCUGUACAAGCAGGGCUACAAUGUGCACGUACUUUGUCCGGGUCUUUGUCAUACCGAUUUCUUCCGCAGCUACAAUCCUAAAUGGUAUCACUAUGUGGCAUUUGCACCGGUUGUGCUGCUGUUUUUGCGUUCCGCGCGUCAGGGAGCACAAAACAUCAUCCACUGUGCGACGGACAAUGUGAACACGGAGGAAAAGAACCCGGUCACUGGAUACUACGUUACGAACGUCGAGCAAACCAAGUCCAAGAUGAAGUUUGAUGAGGAAACGUCCGAGCGGCUGUGGCGCGAAAGCUUCAAGGCACUGAAUGUCUAA